GCCACGGACACUGAGAGCUGAGCAGAAGUGAACAAACUGCGGAGCUGCUGCAGCCGAUGAGGCGGGGCGAGGUCUGUCGACAUUACUUUUUUCCUCCGGUCGAUGCGUCUCAGACAUUCUCGCCAACAUGCCUCAAGCAUGACAGCAAACUGGUUUAGCUGGGUGACAGGGGAAAAGGCAGUGUAAGAGGAAACUUUCGGCAGGUCACACCUGGACUUGGAAGCUCGGUACAGCUGUGAACAACAACACGGUGAAGAAAGCAACAUGACUGCUGUGAAGUUUAACCGACGGAGAGCUUGACGGGUGACCAAUGAGACCACAGUAUGGCGCGUCGCUCUCAGUGUUCCUCUGCUGGGGAUAACCCCCUGGACCCCAACUACCUCCCUCCUCACUACCGGGAAGAGUACCGCUUGGCUAUUGACGCUCUGGUCGAGGGGGAUUUGGAGGGGUACUAUGAGUUCCUCCAAAAGGCGGAUGUGGUGGACUUUCUGUCCACACCUGAGAUUCAGCACAUUCUGGGCUCUGUUCAGGGUCCCCAGCUGAUCGGACACCCUGAACAGCUUUUUCUGGAGAGCGGGGGAGAUGGAUCCUCAGACACUUACUGGCCAAUUCACAGCGACCAGGACGUCCCAGAUUUGGACCUUGGCUGGCCCCACUUACAACUCUUCAGUGUGCCCACAGAGGUUACCACUCUGGUCAACCCCCCUGAGCCAGACAUGCCAAGUAUCAAGGAGCAGGCCCGGCGACUCAUCAAAAACGCUCAACAGGUCAUUGCCAUAGCGAUGGAUAUGUUUACCGAUGUUGACAUUUUUGCGGAUGUCCUUAACGCUGCCAUGAGAAACGUUGCUGUCUACAUCCUUCUAGACGAGCUGAAUGCACAUCACUUUGUGAGCAUGGUAUCCAACUGCAGAGUAAACCUGCAGAGCAUUCAGUUUUUACGAGUGAGAACAGUGUCUGGCAGCUCGUAUAAGUGCCGCUCAGGCAAAUCCUUCAAAGGUCAGAUGAUGGAUCGCUUCUUGUUGACUGACUGCAGGGCUGUGCUGAGUGGAAAUUACAGCUUCAUGUGGUCUUUUGAGAAACUACACCGCUGCAUGGCACACCUGUUCUUCGGACAGCUCGUGACUACCUUUGAUGAAGAGUUUCGGAUCCUGUAUGCUCAUUCCCAGCCGCUGAUUGUUGAAGAUGUGGCUCCUCCAGUGAAAGACAUAAAUCCAUUACAAAAGAGGGAAUACGCCAGUGACAGGCUAUCACUGUACAGGGAGCCUAUGAGAACUCUGCCAGCAGCUGAUUCUAGUCAACCAGAUGAAUGGGCCAGACAGUCCUGUGAUGAGCGAAUGGAUGAUGAUUGGAGAAGGAUGCCCUUUAAGACUAAGGAACCCCUGCGUGGACCUGCAGAUUUGUACAAUAGGUUUCCUUCCCAGCAACCACACAUGGACCCAUCAUUUGAUCAGGGACAUGUCAGGAUUCCACCGAUGGAAAAUCGACCCUUUAAACAUCCUGGCUUUGCUGAAGGUGUUCAAGGAAGAUAUCCUUAUCCAUUCCUGCAACCUCAGGGAAUGCCAGAACCUGAGUCCCAGGGGAGGCAUUUUUACAGGGGCCAGCAACCUUAUCUAGGACCAGCACCAGGACCAGAAGCAGAUUACAGCUAUGACAAGUUCUGGAGCCAAGGUUAUCUUUCAAGAGAUCAAUACUCUGAAUCUGCUUUACCACAAGAGAUGCAACCCCCUGAUUUUGACCCUGUUUUUAACUACUUGUCAUCUACCAAAGACUAUGAUCAGAGCUCAGAGAAAAUGCUGCCUGCAGCAGAUUUUAGUUCGUCUCAACCUAGAAGACUGAGUUUAGGCCAUCCAUAUACGUGCCAAACCUCUCCCACACCCUCCAGCCACGCUGAUCAGAGGCCGUUUCUUCAGGAGUCUAACAGUGAUCGCAAGGAUCCCAUGGUUAAAAAGGGGCUGCGAAACUGGAGGAUUAACUCAUACCUUAGUGCAUAUGAUAAUUCAGGAGAUGAAGGCCUGCCAGUGGAACCACCUCAGGCCCCAGAUCCUUUUGAAGAGCCCCGUAACACCAUGCAGAAAACAGCACCAGGGGUUGAUUUGUCAGUUCCUAAAAUCCCAAAUGUCAGAGAGUUCAAAGUUCCUGUUAUAUCCAGGGUGAGUCAGAUACCAAAUUAUGCCAAAACAACAGCCAGAGAACAGCCUAAGGUAUUGACCGAUGAACCUCCUGCAGUGGCAGAAGAAACCAAAACAACACCAUCAACAUCAGAGUCACAAACCACAAACGAGGGGGAAAAGAGGACAGAGGAGGCAGAACAAAAUGAGCCAAAGACUUCUGUUCUUCUGCGGUCCGAUUCUUUCCGAAGGAAACUAAAUGCUAGUGGAAUGAACAGGUGCUCCAGGUUAAGGUCCUCUCUGAUAUUCAGCUCUCUGGAUCAGCCAGCUCCUCAGGAUAGUCAAACUACCCCUCCUGAGCAAAAGGACGGAGACACUGAAGACAGUGACAAAACUGAAUCUGAAAAGAUAAAACUACCCUUUGUUUCUCAAGUUCUGGGACAAAGGAGAACUGCUGCUAGAGAACCUUACGAAUGGACUCGGUACCUAAAGACAUCCACAGAAACAUCAAAACCAGACAAGGAAAGCACUAAAGGAGAUGAUAAAAAUUCAUCAAAGCAAGAAGAUUCAAAAGACGUUUCAGAAAAGCAUGAGGAAACAGAGUCAGCAAAAGUACCCCAUGUAGAGCAGCCUAAUCUUUCACCGUCCAUGCCUCGAUCCAAGCUUUCUGAAGCUGAGCUACCUAAAACCAAUCAGCCGGUACAACCACCUAAACCUUUAGCCACCCUUCUACCAUACGCAGAUAUGAAUGAUCCUGAUGUAAGAUUAAUGUUUUUCAAAGAGUUGGCAGCAAAACGCAAAGCUGAAGCAGCCGCAAAAGCUGCAAAGGGCAAAGGAAAAGAUCCGGUGAAACCAGAAACUGAACUAAAAGUCAACAGUGGUGUCAAAAAGGAGGGACCUGAACCAAGAGAACCCUCAGAAGACAUGGCUUCCAAAACUGAGGGGGAAAAGAGUGCUACUGCAGACGGUCAGUCAAGUCAGUCAGCUAGUGUGUCUUUAGAAGCCAGUGAAAACAUUAACCAGCAGGACAGUCAGAUCGAAAAUCACUCCAAUACCUCCCAGAGCUCUAAAGAACAAAAUAAAGUAGCAGAAGAUUUAGGCACAACAAAACUGGACAACAGUCAGUCAGCAGAUCUUCUUCCUGCUUCCUCAGAGUUACCUCUGAACAAAUCACCACAAGAACCCAUGCUGUCAGAUCCUGCUGAUGACAAGAGCAGCCCCAGUCAUCCACCCACAAAUCCUGCUCCCACUAAUGCUUCUUCACUUACACAAAGUACUGAUAAAAAGGAAAGCCCAAGCCCGGAUUCUACCUCAAAGGAGUCUAAAUCAGUCUGUGCCAAUUCUGAUGAUGGACUUUCUGCGCUGGCUUCUCACACUCAAAAUCCUGAAUUGACUCAGUUAUCAACCAGCAUCUCCCCUCCUGCAGUAACAUCAACAGUUGACGCCUCUGACCCAUCAAUGCAGAGAUCCUCCUCUGAGAAUAAUCUGCUAGAUUCUGGUUCACAGAAAAGUCCAGUUUCUUUAUCGUCCAGUACACCUUCUCUUUCCACCACUGAAGAGAACAGACUUUCAGAAGAUUCCAGCUCACACCCUGCUUCUGGCAUAUUAGCUUCAAAUGAUGAUAAAACAGAGGCACAUGACUCUAUGAGCUCCUCGCCAAAAGGAUUAGCAGAAGAUUCUAAGUCUAAAGAUAUGAGUAACCAAACUCCUCUAGAUUCCUCUUCCAAGUUGCCGUCAUCCCAGACUCCUUCAGCAACUGACUCUGUACAUAUGGAAUCUGGUGUUUCUCCUGAGGUGUUUGUUAGUGGUGCUGAGCCAAGCUCAUCCUCGUUACAGUCCACCACAAGCGUUUCUGGUGCUGCAACUUCCACAGAAAGGGCAGAAAAAGAUAUUUCUGAAUCAGAGAAAGCCAAUUGUAAAAGAGAAAAAGAUCAUUCUGAAGCAGAGAAGAGCUUGACUGAAUCAGAAACACAGGUUUCUGAACCAGAAAAAGAUGCCUCUGAAACAGAAAUAGGCAUGCCUGAAUCAGACAAACGUGUAUCUGAAUUAGAGAAAGUCGUGUUUGAAACAGCUAUUUCUGAAACAGAAAAGGCCAUUUCUGCGACAUCAGACCCAGAAAAGGGUACUUUGGAAUCAGAGAAAAGUGUUUCUGAAUCAGAAAAAGACCUUUUUGAAACAUCAAAAUCAGAAAACGAUAUCUCUGAAUCAGAAAAGAACCUUUCUCAAGGAGAAAAGUGUGUUUCUGAACCAGAAAAAUCUGAGGGAGCUCUAUCUGAAACAGAAAAUGCAAUUUCUGAAAAACAAGAAUCAGUAAAAGAUAUUUUUGACUCUGAAAAGAGCAUUUCUGAACCAGAAAAAGAUAUCUCUAAAUCGGAAAUAGGCACGUCUGAAUCAGAGACAGCUGUUCUUGAAACAGAAAAGGCCGUUUCUGAGACAUCAGACCCAGAAAGGGAUACUUUAGAUUCAGAGAAAGGUGUUUCUGAAUCACAAAAAUCAAUUUCUGAAACAUCAAAAUCAGAAAACGAUAUUUGUGAACCAGAAACAUGCCUUUCUCAAGUAGAAAGACGUGUUUCUGGGUCAGAAAACAUUGUUUCUGAACCAGAAAAGUCAGAGAGAGUUGUUUCUGAAUCAGAGAUAGGUGUAUCUGAAACAGAAAAGGCCAUUUCUGAAAAACCCGAAUCAGAAAAGGAUAUUUCUGAAUCUGCAAAGACUGUUUCUGAAUCAGAGGAAGGUGUUACUGAGACAGAAAAAGAAGUUUCUCAAUCAGAAAUCGGUGUUUCUGAAUCAGAAAAAGCCAUUUCUGAAACAUUAAAAACAGAAAACGAUAUUUCUGAAUCAGAAAACAUAGUUUCUGAACGAGAAAAGUCAGAGGGAGCUGUUUCUGAAUCAGAGAUAGGUGUAUCUGAAACAGAAAAGGCCAUUUCUGAAAAAACAGAAUCAGAAAAGGAUAUUUCUGAGUCUGCAAAGACUGUUUCUGAAUCAGAGGAAGGUGUUACUGAGACAGAAAAAGAAGUUUCUGAAUCAGAAAUUUGCUCAGUUCAAAAGGCUGUUGCAGAGGAUUCUGUGGUUCCUAAAUCUUCACAACAUGUCAAAGGUGAUAUCAUACCUAGUAGCCCUUCUCCACCUGAGCCAGGUUUACCUGAGAUAAAAGAGCCCACUAUUACUGUACCCACACCCACGGACACUCCAGCCGAGCAUUUGCCAUCAGAAGCAAGCUCCACUGUCAUUACAGACUCUACUCUUAAUGCUUCGCAGUCAGAAACAACUGCAUCUCCUCAAGACGCACAGAUACAAGCAACCCCUCCCUCUGACCUCAACUUUACAGGAGCUGAGGCACCAACCCCUGCUGAAACAGGAUCACGUUCCUCUCCUUUAUCUGAGUCAGUUGAAUUAGUUUUGCCCCCUGAAGCUAAAAAAGCAGAAACCAACAUGUCUGCAUUGCACACUCUCGCUGAUACAAAUUCCCUUUCCAACCAGACUCCAUCAGAAUCGGAUAAAGCCCCCAAAACUCCCUCUAGCACAAAUGAGCCUACCUCAGAGCCACCUGUGCCUGCUGAAAAUAGUAAAACAGAGCCUGAGCAACUGGACACAGGCAGGAGAAACUCAGAUCAUAUCCAGGGUACAAAGGAAAGCAGUGCCAAAGAGUCUGUUGGCAGUGAGAAAACCAAUGACCAAAUACAGCAAAGUAACUUUUCUGAAUCAGCAGAGAUCACAUCCAAGCAGCCCAAAUCGAGCCAGUCUCGCUACCACUCAUCCACAGCCAACGUGCUCUCGAGCAGCAACCUCAGAGACGAUACCAAGCUGCUCCUGGAGCAGAUUUCCGCUAAUAGCCAAAGCAGGAAUGAGGCUACCAAAGAGUCUCCCGUUACCGAUGACGAGAAAGAAGACAAAGCUGACAAAAAUGCUAAAAGGGAGAAAGAACGAGGACUCGAUAAACUAAACAAAGGGCAAAAAUCACCUCAGGAGCGAGAAAAGCUGCUGGAGAGGAUCCAGAAUAUGAGAAAGGAGAGGAAGGUUUACAGUCGAUUUGAGAUGACAACUUAAAUGGGAUCCAAUGAAAGAUGAGAUAUUAAAAGGUGGAUACAGGAUGUGUAGAAGGAAGUGAAAUGAAAUAAAUAAAAAGCUGGCAAAGAUAUUUAUUGGAAAUGGGAUUUCUCUUCUGGGUUGUAUGGAGAACAAGGCUUAUCAUGCACAGAAGAGUCAGGGAACGUGUACUGAAGCGUGAAUUUAGACAAUAUGCAAGUUAUUGCAAAGCCGUUGUCCCAAUUACGUGUGACGUGUUCAACAACGAGCUUCUUACUGUGGCUGAAUCAUCAAGUUGCUCCCAGUAUGAACUGAGAGCAUGUGUGCAGGAUCGAACAUGUUUUUACUGACUGCAGGGUAACGUGCAAUGUGUCAAACCAAGUUUCUGUGAAGAGGCCUUAUUGCCGUAUUUUUUACAACACUGACAGCAGGGUCAGCUAGUUUUAUGACGAGAUGUUAGAGAACUGAUAAUCUACAGUGGUCAGAUUUUGUAAAGCUGUAAUAUACUAUAGUUUGUAUUAUAAUGGUUCACCUUCAUCUUAAAAAGAUGACAAUUACAUAUAUUUGGAAGUAAGUGGAUCUGUGGAUCAUGCUGGCGUAAAUAAACUGUAGCGUUUUUCAUCCUUAAACAUGCAACCGAAAGCAAGGAAAUGCACACGAUGGACUCAGACCUCGACGUGUAACACUGUGUCAUUUUUGUUUUCAACUGUUGAAAGCAGAUUAAGGUUAAUGAUGAAUAUUCAACGGUGCAUCAGGUUUACUUCAAGGUCUUGUUUAUAUACACCAUUCAACGCUUUUUCAUUUACACAUUUUGGGGAACAAACCCCAAAAUCCAGCAUAUGAAGCUUUUUUAAGUGUUUACUUUGCCCGUGGAAAGCCAAAACUAUCUGACAGUAUGGGGUUGUAUUUUAUAAUCUGCUGAAACCAACCUUUUAUUUGUCUUUUAAACUUUUCUGUACCCUGCAGUUUUUAAAUCAGUACUUGUUCUACGUGUCUGUUGAAACUGAUCUUGAAGCUGUGAAGAGUUUACAUAUGUAUGUAUGAGUAUGUAGAGCUGAGCAGUGAAAGUGAGUUCUCACAGAUUUACAGUAUCAUACCUGUCUUCAUCACCUUUUGCUGUUUGUA